AUGGAUCUCAACAGCAUUCGCGACCAGGUCAGCCAGCUGACGCUCUACGACAUCAAGGCCGGUGUGCGGAAGGUACAAAAUGCCGUCAUGAACUACACCGAGAUGGAAGCCAAGGUCAGGGAAGCCACAAACAACGAACCAUGGGGUGCUUCCUCGACCAUGAUGCAGGAGAUCGCGAACGGCACAUUCAACUACCAACUGCUCAACGAGAUCAUGCCUAUGAUAUACAAACGAUUCACCGAAAAGUCCGCAGAGGAAUGGCGCCAAAUCUACAAAGCACUGCAGCUGAUGGAGUUCCUAAUCAAGAACGGCUCGGAGCGCGUGAUUGACGACGCACGAUCCCACUUGUCCCUACUCAAGAUGCUCCGGCAAUUUCACUACAUCGAUCAGAACGGCAAAGACCAAGGUAUCAACGUACGAAACCGAAGCAAAGAGCUCACCGACCUUCUGAGUGACGUCGACCGGAUACGUCAGGAACGUAAAAAGGCACGAACCACAAAGAACAAGUAUGGAGGCGUGGAGGGUGGUGCUGGCCUCGGGUCGGGAGGGUUUAGCUCAGGCAGUUCCGGGCGGUACGGAGGCUUUGGCAGUGAGAGUGCCGGACAAUCAACGUUUGGUGGGAACACAAGAGGUGUAUACGGUGAUGGAGGAGGUUUCGGAGGAGAACAGCACGAUGAGUACGACGAGGGCGGACGAACAAAUACCGCUGAGAGGUUCGACGAGUACGAUGAGUACGAUGAUGGUGGUGCGACUGCUCCCACCGCUCGACGGAAAACAACAGCACCACCCAAAGCAAAGGCGAAGAAGGCAGAACCGCCAAAGCCGAAGGAGCCUGAAGUGGACCUGUUCGACUUUGGCGAUGAUGAGCCAGCCACAACCAUAGCGCCCUCGAACGGCGCAUCCUCGUCGGCAAUCCUGGCCGCUCCACCCUCUCAAGCAGCCCCAGCACCAGCGGACGAUGAUGAUUUCGACGACUUCCAAUCUGCAACUCCUGCCGCAGCUGCACCCGCACCAUUGGCAGCACCAAGCAUUCCCAAGCCAAAUUACAGCUCGUUCUCUACUUCGUCGAGCACACAGUACGCACAGCCCACGCCACAAUCCGGAUCGCAGAACGCAGCCUUUGGCAAUCUUCUCUCGACUACUUCGCCGACUAGGUCAGCCACCCCCUCUAUGUCAGGCUUCUCCUCGCCGCCACUAGCACAAGCGCAGAAGCCAACUGGAUACCAGCCUACAGGACCCAACUACUUCACGUCAGUGCAGGUUGGACAGCCUCAACAGCCUGGCACGCCGGGAUCUGGUGUCACUUCUCCAGUCGGCCAGAUUAGCGCGAAGCCAGUUCAGAAGAAGGCUGGCGGGGACGCUUUUGCUGGUCUGCUGGCCGGGAGUGGCAUGAAGAAGAAUCAAACAGCGCAGAAGGGACCAACGAUUGCAGACAUGGCCAAGCAAAAAACCCAGGCUGGUCUGUAUGGUGCAAAUGCGCCGGCUGCUAUGCCUGCUCAGUCGCAGCAGAAGCCAAAUACCGGCAGCAGUGGUCUCGACGAUCUGCUAGGGUAG